AUGGGUGUCUAUAGGUUAAGAAUCGGGUCAUGGAACGUAGGUACAUUGACGGGUAAGUCUAUAGAGUUGGCGAAGAUUCUCCAGAAGAGGAGGGUUAAUAUAGUGUGUGUCCAGGAGACAAGGCGGGUAGGGUCGAGGUCGAAGGAUGCGGACGGGUAUAAACUUUGGUACUCAAGAGUCCAGAGAGGUAAGAAUGGAGUGGGUAUCUUGGUAGAUAGGGAACUUAGAGAGUCUGUGGUUGAGGUUAGACAAGUGAAUGAUAGAUUAAUGGUUAUUAAGUUGGUGGUCGAAGAGUACACCCUAAACGUCGUUAGCGCCUAUGCGCCGCAUGCGGGCCUAGAUGAGGAGGUUCCGCCUAUUGAGAAGCUAUUCAAUGGAGGGCAUUUCAAUGGUCAUAUUGGGCGACCAGGUGGUUAUGGCGAGGUGCAUGGAGGCUUUGGUUUUAGGGAGAGGAACAAGGGAGGUACCUCGCUGUUGGACUUCCCUAGGGAUUUUGGGUUGGUGAUUGCGAAUUCUAGCUUUCCGAAGAGGAAGGAGCAUUUGGUUACUUUUCAAAAUGCGGUAGCAAAGACUCAGAUUGACUAUCUCCUCCUGAGGAAGUCUCACAGAGGAAUUAGGCCAUGUGUAGUUCCGGACCCACCGGAGAAUGAAGCCGAUGGAGUUGUUAUAGGAGUGGUAGCCAGUUUCAGCAAGGGUUCUUUUGCGAAGGGUAAUGUCCGACGGAGUUAUGGUUGUGAGUCUGGAGUGUAA